UCCCGAUCUUCCCCCAAAUCGCUGCUUCUCCUUCCUUUUGGCAUCGUCUGGGAAUCAGGAGAAUGAUUUCUCAAAGAGAAGAAGGAGAAGGAAAUCGAAAACGAGAAUGGUCCCUACAAGACUUCGAGAUCGGAAAACCCUUGGGCAAAGGGAAAUUCGGUAGAGUCUAUCUCGCCAGAGAAGUCAAGAGCAAAUACAUAGUGGCAUUGAAAGUCAUAUUCAAGGAACAAAUAGAGAAAUACAGGAUCCACCAUCAGUUGAGGAGAGAAAUGGAAAUUCAAACCAGUCUUCGCCACCCUAAUAUACUUCGCCUUUACGGCUGGUUUCAUGAUAGCGAACGUAUUUUCUUGAUUCUUGAGUAUGCUCAUGGGGGUGAGCUCUAUAAGGAGCUUAGAAAAAAUGGUUUUCUCAGUGAGAAGCAAGCUGCCACGUACAUUGCAAGUCUGACAAAAGCGUUGGCAUAUUGUCAUGAGAAACACGUAAUUCACAGAGAUAUCAAGCCAGAAAAUUUGUUGCUUGAUCAUGAGGGCCGGUUAAAGAUUGCAGAUUUUGGAUGGUCCGUACAGUCAAAAAACAAGAGACACACAAUGUGUGGAACAUUGGAUUAUUUAGCUCCAGAAAUGGUGGAAAACAAAGCUCAUGAUUAUGCAGUUGAUAAUUGGACUUUGGGCAUCCUUUGUUAUGAGUUCCUCUGUGGUGCUCCUCCUUUCGAGGCCGAGAGUCAAAGUGACACAUUCAAGAGGAUUAUGAAAGUUGACCUGAGCUUCCCAUCCACUCCUGAUGUCUCAAUGGAGGCUAAAAAUCUCAUCAGCCGGCUUCUUGUGAAGGACUCCUCAAAACGGCUCUCUCUUCAGAAGAUCAUGGAACACCCUUGGAUAAUUAAGAAUGCAGAUCCUACAGGUACCUGCAAAAGGUAGGACUUCCAAUAGUUUCAUUUGUAACGCCAUUAGGCUGUCAAAUAUUACAAGAGUAGAGUACAAUUUGCCUGUGAAUGUAGAAGACCAAAGCGGGUAUUUGGCAAGGUUUUUAUGGAAAGACACUUUUGUUAAUGUUAUGAAACCUAUAGCCAAGGCUUUUUUGUUAAGCAGCCUUGAACUUUGAGAGGUUUGUGCAAUGAUAAUGUGCUGGUGUUGGAGCACCAAUCCUUUAUCCGUUGCUUCAAGUAUCUUCCUAGCAAUGGACACAACCUGAAUGGCUCGAGGAUCUAUUGGGGGGAGUAUUUGCUCUCUAUUUUCCUCCUCAAACUUCUUCCAUUGAUAUUUGCUCAACUUCUCCAGUUUAUCAGAUAGUGCACAGUGAAACCUAUUCGAGUAUGAAACUCUUUCUAUCUUACCAACAAAAAUAUAAACAAACAACCAAGAACCCAAGAUAGCAGUACUAACCACUUCAUUGGAAGUCCACUUUCUUGAUGAAGCCCAUAAAAAUGCUUAUCCAUGGGCUGUUUAGCACGUUUUGAGACCCACAUGAGGCCCCUGAAUAUGCGUUGCGUUUGUGAGUUGGGAUUGGAAUGAUGACUCGUCGUUCCUAUAAUAAAACCAAGGGCACUGCAGAAACUGGUUUCUGGCUUGGGGCUUGAAUCCCUUGCAAGUGUUCUUCUGGAGUCGACUUGGAAUAGUGUUUGAUGGUGAAAUCCUGUUUGAACAAAAAGAUCGAGAAGCAUUGAACAAAAUCAGCUUUGUUUUCAUGUAGGAAAAAACCAUGAUGAAGACUAACAUUGGAA